GACAUAGUCUAGCAUAGAUUAGAUAUCUAGAAAUCUAGAUUAGAUCUAUCUGCUAUUACUAUCUAGAUCUAUUUCAUUACAACUAAAAAAAAAAAACAUUCAAUGGUCAUCAAGACAUCAUAAUAAUAUCAUAAUGAUCAUUCAGACUCGUUCUCAUUGAUGAUUGACAAUCAUUGACAUGACACAAUGACAUUGGCCUGGUCAUUUGUUUUUAUUAAAAUUUAAAGUCAAAGUGUGAAAAAUUGAUUCUAGUAUAGUAUACUCUUACCGUAUACUCUAUCGCUCUAGUUUUAAGUUUGUUUAGAGUAGUUUAGACUACAGUUUAAGUCUGACAGGUUAUUUUGUUCAUGAUUUCAUCAGUCAGUUAAUAACAAAAAGUAGAUCUAGUUACAGAGUCAGUACUAGAUCUAGAUUAGUUACAAGAUUGUCUAGAUUACUCUAGAGUCUAGAUAUAUAAUCUAUAGCACUCUGUCCUCUCAGAGUACUCAGUACUGCUUUAGUCCGUUGUGAAGUGUGACUUGACUCUAAUUAUGUCUAGACCUGCGACAAAACUUUUGCGUGCCAUUAUUAUGGGUGCUCCAGGUUCAGGUAAAGGAACAAUAUCAUCACGCAUUGUCCAUGACUUUGGAGUUAAACAUAUAUCAAGUGGAGAUUUACUUCGUAAACAAAUACAAGACAAAACUGCUAAUGGAAUGGCAGCUAAACGGUACAUUGAUGUAGGUGAACUGGUUCCAGAUAAUGUUAUGCUUACUAUGAUAUUGAAUGAACUAAAUCACCUUCAAAAUCAUAAUUGGCUAUUAGAUGGUUUUCCAAGGACAGUUGAGCAAGCCAAAGCAUUAAUCCGGAGUCAACCUAUAGAUAUAGUCAUUAACCUAAGAGUGCCUUUUGAAGUAAUCAUAGACAGAAUAAAAGGAAGAUGGACUCAUUUACCUAGUGGAAGGAUUUAUCACACUGAGUUCAAUCCACCUAAAAAAACAGGAUUAGAUGAUGUGACAGGAGAACCUUUAGUACAACGAGAUGAUGACAAAGAAGAAACAGUGAAAGCUCGCCUUGAACACUAUAGAAGACUUACUCACCCAGUGUUACAAUUUUUCAGAAAUAAGGGUGUUGUAGAGGAAUUUUCUGGCAAUUACUCCAAUGAACUUUGGCCACAAGUCCAUGAUGCUCUGGCAAAGGUUAUGACACCUCUCAAGUACACACACUAUGAAUAAUAAAAAACCAUUCUUAUAUUUGUAAUGCAUUUUGUCUUUAGAUUAAUCUUUAACAAAACAAUAUUGUUUUUAAUAGCAGCUUCUGCUAUGUUUAUUAAGCAGCUACUGCUGUGAUAAUCAAGAAGGCUACUUACAUAAUAGUAAGGUGUAAGAUGAGAACAUGUGUGUCAAAUAAUUUAAUAAUUACUUCAUAAAAUAUUUGAUAUAUGAAGGACAUUAUCAUUACAUUUACUGUUUCUAUUUCCAUCUAUCCAACAAAUUUUUUGGGGGGGAAUUAGCAACAUGUAUUACUGUAACAAUUUUUUUUUUUUUUUUGUCUAAUAAAAAAGCUUCAAAGCAGUUGUGUUUCAGGAAGUUAAGCCAUACUAGAAAAAAUAAAGCAAAGGAAUGGUAGCUAGAUGUAAUCAUUUCAAUAUAGAGUAUUCUUUGUUUGUUUAUAAAUUGUAUUUUGAUAUAUUUUAUUUUAAUAAAUGUAAUCAUUUAUAGAUUUAAUUAUACUAUGUAUACAUUUGAAUAAUGUUGAUGGAUAUAUUUGCGUCAAAUAACCACCUUUUAGCAAUUAUUUUGUUAAUGUUAGCUCCUCAACUUGUUUUGCCUGCAUCAAAUAGGGAACUGCAUAGCCACUUAAAAUACUGCUCUUUGGUCUCUAGACGAUACCUUAUUAUUGAUUAACUCACCAACUCAAAUCUUUUCUGAUAUUUUAUUGAAACAAUAUUAAAAUGGAGGACUUAUUUUACAUAUAAAACAUUCCACUAGUAGAGAUGAUGACAAAAGAUAUUUGUAAUUUUGAGUUCUGGUAUUGAAAUAGAAAAAAUAUAUUAACAAAAAGGCCAUUAGCACUGUUGAUUUUUUUUAUUUUAGUAUCUGGUGUAUAUUUUUAUAUUAAUUCAUUUUUCCCCCAAAGAUUAUUGAAAAAAUAUAUAUGAACAUAUUGUUUUGUUGUUGUUUUUUGGAUGUAUGUAUAUAGAGUAUGUACCUUAAUCAACACAAUACAAAUUUGAAUAAGGAUUCUGUGAUGUCAGUCAUUUACAUUUUUGCUGUUUUUGUUUUCUAAAGUGCACUCAAUUGUUAUUUAUGUCAAUGUUUGAAAAGUUUUUGCCUAAACUGCACAUAAUCAUUUUUUAUGACAAUGUUUGAAGAUGUUAUGCCUAUGAUUGAAAUUGUUGAGCCUAACUGCCUUGUUAAUUUAACAAAAUAAAAACAUUUAGAAUUCUUUGA